GUUAUAAUCAAUGGAAUACGAUUCUGUUUAAAAAAUAUAAGAGGAACUGGGAUACUAUAGGAAAUAUUGUUAGUAGUUAGAGAAUUAAAAUGCAGCUUUAAACUAAUAACUAUUUAAUAACAUUUCGGGGAAAGUCCUUAUAGUUCAAGAUGGGAAUUCGAACAGUGUUAAUAAACAGGAAAAUAACCCCAACAAUCAUAAGGAAUGCGAAUAAAGACUAAAACUAAUGGAGAGAUAAUUGAAACGAAAGUUGAUGGAAGAAUAGUUAUGGCUUAAAAGAUUUGAGGCUCAAUUAAAUGAAAUCAUUGAGUUAAAAGUACAAGAAAUUAUUAAUAUAAGGCAAUUCAUGCAUAAUAUAUUCAAGAGAGCGAGCUAGAAAAUAUUAAAAAAACAAAGGAAAUGGAAAUAUUAAAUGAAGAAAUAGAACAAUAUAAAAAAUAAAUAGAAAUUUAUAAAUAAGAAGCAAACUCGUAAAUCUAUUUAGAUGAAAUAAAAGAAAUGAGAAAACAAUUGGAGGCUUCUGAAAUUAAAUUGGAAUCCUUGACCAAAGAAUUGCAAAUUAAGGAUCAACAAUUAUGUAUAAAUUAUCCUAUAUUUAGAUUAAAAAUAAGGAAAUGUUAAAUAGUCUCUUUUAUCGUUUAAGUAAAAAUUCGAUAUAGAAUUAAAAAAUGAUAAUCUAAGCACUGAGCCAGAUAUAUCAAGUAAAAGUUUUUCUAAUAUUAUGCUAAGAGAUAUAUGA